ACGAUGUCUUUUUGUAGUAAACUGCUACAUGUUUUAAUAGAGAGACGGCUCUUACCCAUUUUUAAGUCGCAAGGUGGUACUUACAACAUCGUGGCUGUUUAUAAUUAUAAUCGUCCGAAAAUGGGCAGGCCAUUGAUUUAUGUUCUUAUUUAACUACUGUAAAAUUCAAAAUGAAAUCUAAAUUAAAUUAUUUUGAUCAUUAUAUAAAACAAACUCUUUUUUUAGUUAAUAUUAUUAUGAUUAUAAUUUUGCUGGUAUUAUUGCUGUGAUGCGUGUUUACCAGGAAAUCUGUAUGACAAAUGCUGUAGACUGGAUCCAAUCAUAACAUGAUCCGGUUGCUCUAAUUACGCCAAUAAGUGUAACCACCGUUGUUUCUUUCUUUCUUUUUCUCUUAUACUUUUUUACAAAGGUGCACAAUGUCGAAUGAGGCUGUUUUGGGCCAAAAAGUAAUAGGUUUUACCAGAACAUUACGUGAUGCUUGGAGCAACGUGAUAGUGAAAGAGGAAGAGUGCGAAAAAGGGCUGUCGGCAGUGACAGUACCUGAGACAACAAGUGACGAAACAGUUAUAAAGAUAAAAAAAGAAGCACUGAGAACCAUACAAUUUUUACUGUGUAAUAAAAAUGAAGUUAAGCAAGAGCCUUUAUUUAUCAACAGUCGCGAUAAUCAAUCACCAACCUGUGAUUUGGAAGCCCCUGUUACCACGCUAAACAAAUUUGAUUUCGAAAAACCACGAACGUAUCGAUGCUAUUUUUGUGGAAAAAAAUUCACUCAAAAAAUUCUUCGUAACAUUCAUUUGGAGCAAAAUCAUAAGUUAAAACGAAUAAAGAAGCCGGAAAAAACAUUACCAGAUGCAUUAAACCUGAGAUUGAACUGUUUUACGUGUAGUCAAGUCUUUGAAAACCGGGAAAAGCUUAGAAAACACAAAAAGGAAUUGCACAGCAAAAAUUCAAACAUAACACCAAGCCCGUUUGAUCCUAAUCGUUAUUGCCGUUCCUGUAACAUGACAUUUGCUUACUAUUAUAGAUUUCUUGAACAUUUACGAAAAACCCAUGAAAUAAUAGCCUAUUUAAAGAAAUUUGAUGGAACCCCUGAUCCUGACGAUAAACCUGAGAUUAACAUUACAGAUUGGUACUGCCGCCCGUGUGGGUUUCAGGCUCUGAAUAAAGAGAGUUACUUCAACCAUUUGAAACGUUUGCAUUUCAUGUCUGCUCUGGACAUUGAUAGGGCAAUACAUGCGGAGGUAAAGCCUGAUUUCGAUAAUCCAGAUUUUCGGUGUGCUGGUUGCAAAUAUAAAUAUACCACCAAGUAUCGCUAUCACAAGCAUUUGUACAAAAUUUAUUGUUGUAAUGACUCGAAAAGUAAUGUUUAAGAUACCAAGGUAGAAAGUAAAGCGGUGGAAGAGGCACCAUGUUUAACUGAAGAAAGCUAGCUACAAAAAUAAAAAUGAAGUCUGGUUUCUUAAUUA